AAAUUUAGUCACCCUUCAGAUCUUUGGCUUUUGUUUUUCAAUUUUUUUUUCUUGUUUCUGUAUGAGUUGGAUCUCCGUAUAUCUUUCCUAAAAUUCGACUCUUCAAUAGUGUUGUUUGCGAUUAUUUUUUGUUAAAACUUUAUUUUUGUAUUAUUUCGGUCAUAUCCCUCGCUUUUGGGAUUUGGAAGAAAUUAGGGUUUCUUUUUGUUAUUAUUUGGUGAUUACAUGUAUGGCUUCGGAGACCAUAGGGGAUUUGAGUAAUGGUUUGAGUUCAAGAGAAAGGGUUCAAUGGACCAAGAAUAGCAAAGUUUAUACCCGAAGAUUCCACAAAAAAACCCAAAAACUCAGUGCUAAUAACGAUACUGCUGCCGCCGACGCCACCACCUCCGCUUCCGAAGAAGUCCUCGUAGCUGUCACCGAGGUUCUCAACUCCAGAACCACGGAGAUCAAGAAUGACUCUGUUACCGCCUUCUCUAUGGCUACCACUGCUGAUGGUUCUGCUGCAGCAACCACCAAUCAUGAGAAUUUAGAAACCAUAGAGGCGGAAGAUGUGAAUUUUUCUCCGCAGAGGCUGCAAGAGCGACCUCUACAUAGAGAACAAACUCCGCCUCCAACCUUAGAGUGUCAGCUGGAAGAACAACCACAGCAUGUAAAACAACUUCCUUCCCUGCAAGAGGAUAGCGCUUUGAUUCAGAAGCGAGUGCAAGAAGGUAGUGAAAGUCUAGCAGCUGACCAACAAAAUCUUAGUGUAUCAUCACCACCAUCCAGUGGAAACGAUCUUCAGAAUCUUAAAGAAUCAUCGACAGUUCCCAGUGGGAAUGGCACAGAGAAUCUUGUAGAAGCAUUGCGGUCGACUAUUGAGAACAGUUCCCAGGAUCUUAGAGCAUCGUUGCCACUUCCUAGUGCAGAUGAGCUGCCAAAUGGUAGAGAAGUGUCACCAGAACAGUUGCUGAGGGGGAAUGAGCCACAGAAUGAUAGAGAACUAAUUACAGAACCGCGACCACCCAUUCGGAAUGGGCCAGUAAAUGUGAACGGAAUUGUUAAGCCACUGGAGAUAACUAGGGUUCAUGAUAGAGUUAGAUAUAAUUUAUCGAAAUUAACUCCGAAGAAUGAGGUUAGGGAGCUUAGGCAGCAGCUACAGAGUGAGCUUGAUCAGAUUAGGAGGUUAGUUGAAAAGCUUGGAGCCAAGCACCUUCAGCUUGCUGACGACAACACUAAUAUUAACAUUAAUAGUAAUGGCACUUAUAUGGCUGCUGCUGGCGGAAAUUUAGGUCAAUAUACUCAAUCUCUGCCAAAGAAUGUGGUGAAUGAUGCAGUAGAGAGAAGGGCGUUGGUCAGAGUCCAUUCAGAGGUGGGCUCGGUGGGGAAUCCUGAAAGCAGGCUGAUUGGGUUAACCAGGGUGAAUUCUGAUAUAGGUGCAGUGCGACGUCAAGAACCAAGGCUGUAUAAUAGGCAGCUUAGUGUCACAGUAAUGGAAAACCAUCAUGGGGCAAAUGAUUGUGUUGAGAAGGAGAAAAGGACUCCCAAGGCCAAUAAAUAUUAUAGAAAUUCGGAGUUUCUCCUGGGGAAAGACAGACUCCCUCCUGAAAGUAACAAAAGGUUGAAGACGAGUAAUGGGAGAAAUCACGGUAGAGAGACAGAACAUGCAUUUGGCUCAGGUUUUGGUUUCGGCAAGAAUAGGAAUCAGGUGUUGAGGAGUUGUAGUAACUUACUUCAGAGGUUGAUGAAGCACAAACAUGGUUGGGUGUUUAAUGAGCCAGUGGAUGCCAAAGCAUUGGGGUUGCAUGAUUACCACGAUAUUAUUAAGCGUCCUAUGGAUUUGGGUACAAUUAAGGAUAGACUUUCACAGAAUUGGUACAAGUCUCCUAGGGAGUUUGCAGAGGAUGUGAGACUUGUUUUUCACAAUGCUAUGACAUAUAAUCCAAAGGGGCAGGACGUCCAUGUCAUGGCAGAACAGCUGGCUCAGAUAUUUGAAGAGAGGUGGGCGGUGAUAGAGACGGAGUAUAAUCCAAAUUGGAGGUACCAAAUGUAUCAGGCUGCUGGAUUGCCCUCUCCGAUUUCAGGAAAGGUUCCUCCUCAGUCUAAUUUUGCCCCUGCCCUUGCUUUUGUCCCUGCCCCUUUUGCUGCCCCAAUUCCUAGCCAUAUCCCUCCAGCCCCUCAAAUGAGGACUUUGGAUGGGUCAGUAUCAAUGCCGACACCCAUGUCGAUUGAUCCCAAAAUGCAACGUCCGCAUUCUGUUCGGACAUCCAUUCCAAAGAAACCUAAAGCAAAGGAUCCCAAUAAAAGGGACAUGAGUUAUGAGGAGAAGCAAAGACUCAGCACUAACCUUCAGAGCUUGCCUUCAGAAAAGCUUGAUGAUAUUGUUCAAAUCAUAAAAAAGAGGGACACUAUGCUUUCACAACAUGAUGGUGAGAUUGAAGUGGAUAUUGACCAUGUUGAUCCAGAAACACUCUGGGAGCUGGAUAGGUUCGUCUCUAAUUACAAAAAGAAUUUGAGCAAGCGCAAGAGAAAAGCUGAACUUGCUCUGCAAGCAAGAGCAGAAGCUACUGGGACUACUCCGAUGAUGAGGAUAACCCCAGGAGUUCCAGAUGUUCACAAGGAAAGUGGAUCAGGAGCUGACAAGAGUUUUUCUCCCCCAUCUGGUGCGCAAGGUGAAAAGCAGGGAUGUAAUGCGAGCAGGUCUAGCAAUUCAAGCAGUUCUAGCAGUGACUCUGGAUCGUCUUCGAGCGAUUCCGACAGUGAUAGUUCCUCUGCAGAUGGAUCAGAUGCAGGGCAGUCACCUAGGACAUGAAUGGAUGCUGUUAAGGACAUCAAUGACGAAUGUACUCUAUGAUUAUUUUGGGGAUGCUUCUGCAAUGAUGGUUUCAAGAAGUUCAGAGUUGCUGGUAGGCUGGGUGCAGAAUGAUUUGAACUGCAGGUCUAUUUAAG